CCUAGGGCAGUCAAUGUUGACCUCCAAACUGAUGCAACACUUCAAGUGGACAUUUCUGAUGCAUUGAGUGAGCGGGACAAGGUUAAGUUUACUGUCCAUACUAAGGUAAGAGAGUUUAGCUUCCUGUCAAUAUUCAUUCUUGUUUGCCCUGGCACUUGGCAAAUGAAAGGCCAAUAAUGUGCAUUUCUAUGGCUGUAUGAAUCAAGACUUAUGUUACAUGACUUCCCCAGGCUCCCCAGCAGUUGUGUUAUCUCCACAUUCAUGUUGUCUUCUGAAAACAAGUGUGCAUGUAUGCAAAAUAAGCUUUGUUGAUUUCAUGGAACGCAAAUGAAGAUCUAAGGUUAAGAACCUGUGCAUGAUCGCAUUCCACUCCACUUCAUUUUCUAUGCAGAGAGAAUUCCAAUAGUCAUUCAUUUCCUGUCACUGUCAAAGUGUAAGCUCAUAAUGUCAUGGGUUUAUUUGUUUUUACGGCUGCUUUUAUAAUGUUUCAAGGUCUCUUGUGAAGGAAGGAAUUCAAUCAUGAUUGAAAUGGGUUAAUCAUUGUCUUGACACUUGAGAUGAUCAUUGUGAUCAAGUCCUGUUUUUUCCCUUUUUUUAAUUGAGCUGCACAUUCUAAUUUGCAGAAAGAUAUUUUCAAAAGAGCCAUAGAUAAAUACUAUAUUCUGUAUUUGGCUCUGCUUUUCAGUAGAAUGUGUCCUACGAUUGAUAUCUGAUUCCUAUUAUUUUGAUUACCUUCCAGAGCACUCUUCCUAACUUCAAGCAGAAUGAGUUUUCAGUGGUAAGGCAGCAUGAGGAGUUCAUCUGGCUUCAUGACUCCUUUGUGGAGAAUGAGGAGUAUGCAGGCUACAUUGUAAGUACUGAGCACCAUCCAGAGUACUCUGUGUGUGUGUGUCCCAAAUGGCACCGUAUUCCCUAUAUAGUGCACUACUUUUGACAAGUAGUGCACUAUAUGGGAAUAGGGUGCAAUUUGGGAGAAGACUGUUUUGACUUUUAGGAUUGGCUUAUAAACCAGUGUUUUAGAAAACAACUAAAUGAUUAAUUGUCAAUCCCCUUUCUCAUUAAAACCGCCUGGUGUCAUGGAGUAAUUAACUUAGCUAGAUGUUCAUUAAAAAAAACUGUACUGAUUAAAUGUGAUUUGUUGAAUUGUAGAUUCCCCCUGCUCCACCAAGACCCGACUUCGAUGCCUCCAGAGAGAAGUUACAGAAACUGGGGGAAGGUGAAGGUUCCAUGACCAAGGAAGAGUUCACCAAAAUGAAACAGGAACUUGAAGCGUGAGUUCAUGGUCAUGUUCAUUAGGGCACAUCGAGAAAAAAAGUUAGGAUAGUACAUUUUUACAUUUAACAUUUUAGUCAUUUAGCAGACGCUCUUAUCCAGAGCGACUUACAGGAGCAAAUAGGGUUAAGUGCCUUGCUUAAGGGCACAUCGACAGAUUUUUCACCUAGUCGGCUCGGGGAUUAGAACCAGCGACCUUUCGGUUACUGGCACAACACUCUUACCCACUAAGCAACCUCAUUUCAUGCUCUCUGUGUUUUCUACCAUUUCAUGCCUACUCGACACGACCCAUGUUGCUCUGACAUUGUUUUUGUGUUUUAGUAUAAUGGUUUGGUUGGGAUACUUGGAUGCACUGAAUGCCGUUGGUUAAUAUCUUGGCUAUAUCUGUGUGUUUCAGGGAAUACUUGGCUAUCUUCAAGAAGACCGUGGCAAUGCAUGAAGUGUUUCUUUGCCGUGUGGCUGCCCAUCCUGUCUUAAGGAAAGAUAUGAACUUCCAUGUCUUUUUAGAGUACAACCAAGACGUAAGUGGGGUUGAGAUUAACAAUUUAGGAUUUAGAUUUCCAGUCAGGUCCAAAAUUAUUGGCUCCCUUGAUAAAGAUGAGCAAAAAAGACUGUUUAAAAUAAAUAAUACAAAUACUGAGCUAUAUUGUACAGUGGGGAAAAAAAGUAUUUAGUCAGCCACCAAUUGUGCAAGUUCUCCCACUUAAAAAGAUGAGAGAGGCCUGUAAUUUUCAUCAUAGGUACACGUCAGCUAUGACAAACAAAAUGAGGAAAACAAAUCCAGAAAAUCACAUUGUAGGAUUUUUUAUGAAUUUAUUUGCAAAUUAUGGUGGAAAAUAAGUAUUUGGUCAAUAACAAAAGUUUCUCAAUACUUUGUUAUAUACCCUUUGUUGGCAAUGACACAGGUCAAACGUUUUCUGUAAGUCUUCACAAGGUUUUCACACACUGUUGCUGGUAUUUAGGCCCAUUCCUCCAUGCAGAUCUCCUCUAGAGCAGUGAUGUUUUGGGGCUGUCGCUGGGCAACACAGACUUUCAACUCCCUCCAAGAUUUUCUAUGGGGUUGAGAUCUGGAGACUGGCUAGGCCACUCCAGGACCUUGAAAUGCUUCUUCCUUCGUUGCCCGGGCGGUGUGUUUGGGAUCAUUGUCAUGCUGAAAGACCCAGCCACGUUUCAUCUUCAAUGCCCUUGCUGAUGGAAGGAGGUUUUCACUCAAAAUCUCACGAUACAUGGCCCCAUUCAUUCUUUCCUUUACACGGAUCAGUCGUCCUGGUCCCUUUGCAGAAAAACAGCCCCAAAGCAUGAUGUUUCCACCCCCAUGCUUCACAGUAGGUAUGGUGUUCUUUGGAUGCAACUCAGCAUUCUUUGUCCUCCAAACACGACGAGUUGAGUUUUUACCAAAAAGUUCUAUUUUGGUUUCAUCUGACCAUAUGACAUUCUCCCAAUCCUCUUCUGGAUCAUCCAAAUGCACUCUAGCAAACUUCAGACGGGCCUGGACAUGUACUGGCUUAAGCAGGGGGACACGUUUGGCACUGCAGUAUUUGAGUCCCUGGCGGCGUAGUGUGUUACUGAUGGUAGGCUUUGUUACUUUGGUCCCAGCUCUCUGCAGGUCAUUCACUAGGUUCACCCGUGUGGUUCUGGGAUUUUUGCUCACCGUUCUUGUGAUCAUUUUGACCCCACGGGGUGAGAUCUUGCGUGGAGCCCCAGAUCGAGGGAGAUUAUCAGUGGUCUUGUAUGUCUUCCAUUUCCUAAUAAUUGCUCCCACAGUUGAUUUCUUCAAACCAAGCUGCUUACCUAUUGCAGAUGCAGUCUUCCCAGCCUGGUGCAGGUCUACAAUUUUGUUUCUGGUGUCCUUUGACAGCUCUUUGGUCUUGGCCAUAGUGGAGUUUGGAGUGUGACUGUUUGAGGUUGUGGACAGGUGUCUUUUAUACUGAUAACAAGUUCAAACAGGUGCCAUUAAUACAGGUAACGAGUGGAGGACAGAGGAGCCUCUUAAAGAAGAAGUUACAGGUCUGUGAGAGCCAGAAAUCUUGCUUGUUUGUAGGUGACCAAAUACUUAUUUUCCACCAUAAUUUGCAAAUAAAUUCAUAAAAAAUCCUACAAUGUGAUUUUCUGGAUUUUCCUCAAUUUGUCUGUCAUAGUUGACGUGUACCUAUGAUGAAAAUGACAGGCCUCUCAUCUUUUUAAGUGGGAGAACUUGCACAAUUGGUGGCUGACUAAAUACUUUUUUUCCCCACUGUAUGCUGCAAUUUUUUUGAAAAUUAUAUUAUUUUAAACUAAUACAAUUGCUCAGAGAAAGAUUUUGUUUAACAAAUAAAAACAAUUUCUAAAGAAGAUAGGGGUCAAAAUUAUUGGCACGCCUGUUUUCAAAACUCCGGUAGCUUCUCCCCUUUCGAGGAUAACGGCACUGAGCCUUUUCCUAAAAUGUUUGAUGUGAUUGGAGAACACAUUGGGAGGUAUCUUAGACCAUUCCUCCAUACAGAAUAUUUCCAGAUCCUUGAUAUCCUUCAUCUGUGCUUAUGGGCUCCCGAGUGGCGCAGCGGACUAAGGCACUGCAUCUCAGUGCUUGAGGCGUCACUACAGACCCCCUGGGUUGAUUCCAGGCUGUAUCACAACUGGCCGUGAUUGGGAGUCCCAUAGGGCGGCGCACAAUUGGCCCAGCGUCGUCCGGGUUUGACCGGUGUAGGCCGUCAUUGUAAAUAAGAAUUUGUUCUUAACUGACUUGCCUAGUUAAAUAAAGGUAAAAUAAAAAAUAUAUAAAAAAUGGACUGCCCUCUUCAAUUCAAACCACAGAUUGUAAAAUGUUGAUUUUGUGGUCAAUUAACCAUUUCUUUGUGUACUUGGGGUUAUUGGCUUGCUGGAAGAUCCACUUGCUGCCAAGUUUCACCUAGCUUGGCUGACGUGACUCACUCACAGCACAGGGAGAGCUGUGACACACUGUUCUGGACAGGAGACUGUUGGAAAUGCAAUAUUCGAUCAGAAAGUGAGGAGACUCAUUGAAUGGUUCCCUCAAGUGUUUAUUUUUUUCCUGGGGGGUUGAGACCUCUGGUUGUUUGUAUUUGAAAAUCCAACAGUUAAAAUGGAAGGGGGCGGCAUUCGGGGGCUGUGUGUUGCUGUGUGUGUGUGGGUGUUUAAGUGAGAAAGACAUGGAGGAGAACCAACCAGUAAAAGCAUGUACACUGAACAAAAAUGUAAACGCAACAUGUAAAGCGUUGGUCCCAUGUUUCAUGAGCUGAAAUAAAAGAUUCCAGAAAUGUUCCAUACUCACAAAAAGCUUUUUUCUCAACAAAAAAAAUAUCACACAUUUGUUUACAUCCCUGUUAAUGAGCAUUUCUCCUUUGCCAAGAUAAUCCAUCCACCUGACAGGUGUGGCAUAUCAACAAGCUGAUUAAACGACAUGAUCAUUACACAAGUGCACCUUGUGCUGGAGACAAUAAAAGGCCACUCUAAAAUGUGCAGUUUUGUCACACAACACCAUGCCACAGAUGUCUCAAGUUUUUAGGGAGGAUGCAAUUGGCAGGAAUGUCCACCAGAGCUGUUGCCAGAGAAUUGAAUGCUCAUUUCUCUACUGUCGUUUUAGAGAAUUUGGCAGUACGUCCAACCGGCCUCACAGUCGCAGACCACGUGUAUGGCGUCAUAUGGGCGAGCGGUUUGCUGAUGUCAACGUUGUGAACAGAGUGCCCCAUGGUGGGGUUAUGGUAUGGGCAGGCAUAAGCUACGGACAACGAACACAAUUGCAUUUUUAUCGAUUGCCAUUUGAAUGCACAGAGAUACCGUGACGAGAUCCUGAGGCCCAUUGUCGUGCCAUUCAUCCGCCGCCAUCACCUCAUGUUUCAGCAUGAUAAUGCAUGACCCCAUGACUCAAGGAUCUGUAUACAAUUCCUGGAAGCUGAAAAUAUCCGUUCUUCCAUGGCCUGCAUACUCACCAGACAUGUCACCCCUUGAGCAUGUUUGGGAUGCUCUGGAAUCGACGUGUACGACAGUGUGUUCCAGUUCCCACCAAUAUCCAGCAACUUCGCAUAGCCAUUAAAAAGGAGUGGGACAACAUUCCACAGGCCACAAUCAACAACCUGAUCAACUCUAUGCGAAGGGGGUGUGUCACGCUGCAUGAGGCAAAUGUUGGUCACACCAGAUACUGACUGGUUUUCUGAUCCACAACCCUACCUUUUUUUUAAGGUAUCUGUGACCAACAGAUGCAAAUCUGUAUUCCCAGUCAUGUAAAGUCCAUAGGGCCUAAUGAAUUUAUUUCAAUUGACAGAUUUCCUUAUAUGAACUGUAACUCAGUAAAUCUUUGAAAUUGUUGCAUGUUGCAUUUAUAUUUUUGUUCAGUAUAUAUAGAUUGAAGGGAUUCGAUUAAUCUGGCCCAUUGUGUAUAGGCCUGUGUCACACUUGAGUAUUUUCUUUGUGCCAGACCGUGUUUAAACGCGUUCGGUAAAAUUUUUCUGAAUGUAUUUAUUAGUAUUUAAAAAAUAUAUAUAUAUAUAUUGCUCUAGGGUUAUUAUUAUUGCUUGGAUAAUCAGAUCUACUAUUAUGUAUUGAUUUAUUUUUCAUUGUUUGUUCGGUGCGCACUGCACAGAACACCAGAAUAAUUAUCACUGAAUUAUCAAUGUGAAUCAUUGUAAUGUUUGUUUGUGUCAAUUAAUCCCGCAAGGCAGCGGUGUCAAACUCAUUCCAUGGAGGGUCGAGUGUCUGCAGGUUUUUGGUUUUUCCUUUCAAUUAAGACCUAGACAAUCAGGUGAGGGGAGUUCCUUACUAAUUGGUGACCUUAAUUCAUCAAUCAAGUACAAGGGUGGAGCGAAAACCCAGUCGGCCCUCUUUGGAAUGAGUUUGACACAUAUGCCGUAAGGGAUGUGUUGCCAACUAGCGAUUUGACACAAAUGUUUUAUUUAUGAAUUCAUUCAUUCAGCACAGCCCCCUUCAUUAUAGUGCCAACAACAUCAAAACAGUCUUUCCAGACUCUGAAGUCAGGAGGACAGACUAGAGGCAACCCGGUUUUUGCCAAACAUUUCCUGGUACUGGGUAAUAUUCAUGAUGCUGCUUACCUUAACAAGGGCCCCAGGACGAGUGGAGACAAAAUAGCCCCAUAACAUCAGAUCCACCACCAUAUUGUACUGUAGGUAUGGGGUUCUUUUCUGUACAUGCAUCCUUCUGUUGACGCCAAACACACCACUGGUGUGCGUGGCCCAAGAGCUCUUUUCAUUUCAUCCAACAAAUAUAAACGCCUGGAGUCUAAACAGCAUUGGCACUUGGAUUAAAACCGGUGCUAUGAUCAGAUUACAUGAAAAUAGAGCUCUUUGGCCAUGCACACCAAGGGUGUGUUUGGUGUCGAAAGAAGGAUGCAUAUGCGGAAAAGAACCCCAUACCAACUGUAAAAUAUGGUGGUGGAUCUUUGAUGUUAUGGGGCUAUUUUGCUUCCACUGGUCCUGGGGCUCUUGUUAAGGUCAACGGCAUCAUUAAUUUUACCCAGUACCAGGAUAUUUUAACCAAAAACCUAGCUGCCUCUUCCAGGAGGCUGAAAAUGGAUCGUCCAGCAUGCCAAUAACCCCAAACACACAUCAAAAUCCACAAAUGGUUAAUUCACCACAAAAUCAGCAUUUUGCAAUGGGCAUCUCAGUCUCUGGACUUCAACCCCAUUGAAAAUGUGUGGUUUGAAUUGAAGAGGGCAGUCCAUACGCGCAGACGAAGGAUAUCAAGAAUCUGGAACGAUUCAGUAUGGACGAAUGGUCUAAGAUACCUUCCAAUGUAUUCUCUAAUCUCUUACAACAUUUUAGAAAAAGGCUCAGUGCCAUUAUCCUCGCAACGGAUUUUAUACAGUCUUUUUUGCGCAUCUUUAUCAAGGGUGCAAAUCAUUUUGAAACUGACUGUAUUUUGGUGACGAUUGUAGCUGUGGAAAUUUUAUUAGACAAGCUUUCUCUCUCUCGUUUCUUUUAACUUUAGAUAACUCAAAAGGCUGGUCAGAUGUGCCUGAAAACAUAUGCCAUUUCCUUACCUUAUCCCAGUUUUAUCAUUGUCAGUUUGUCCUUACUUGACCUCUUUUGUUCACAGCUGAGUGUACGAGGCAAAAACAAGAGGGAGAAGAUGGAAGAUUUCUUCAAGAAUGUGGUGAAGUCAGCAGAUGGUGUGUUAGUGGCAGGGGUGAAGGUGAGUUGGGUUUGCUUUUCUAUGUAAAUCCAUUCAGCCAAGUAAAUGGGGAUUGAACUUGCUUUGCGUUUUUAUAUUUUAAUGAAAUCACAACAUACAGUGGGGAAAAAAAGUAUUUAGUCAGCCACCAAUUGUGCAAGUUCUCCCACUUAAAAAGAUGAGAGAGGCCUGUAAUUUUCAUCAUAGGUACACGUCAACUAUACAGACAAAAAUGAGAAAAAAAAAUCCAGAAAAUCACAUUGUAGGGAUUUUUAAUGAAUUUAUUGGCAAAUGAUGGUGGAAAAUAAGUAUUUGGUCAAUAACAAAAGUUUCUCCAAUACUUUUUAUAUACCCUUUGUUGCAAUGACACAGGUCAAACGUUUUUCUGUAAGUCUUCACAAGUUUUUCACACACUGUUGCUUGUAUUUUUGGCCCAUUCCUCCAUGCAGAUCUCCUCUAGAGCAGUGAUGUUUUGGGGCUGUCGCUGGGCAACACAGACUUUCAACUCCCUCCAAAGAUUUUCUAUGGGGUUGAGAUCUGGAGACUGGCUAGGCCACUCCAGGACCUUGAAAUGCUUCUUACGAAGCCACUCCUUCGUUGCCCGGGCGGUGUGUUUGGGAUCAUUGUCAUGCUGAAAGACCCAGCCACGUUUCAUCUUCAAUGCCCUUGCUGAUGGAAGGAGGUUUUCACUCAAAAUCUCACGAUACAUGGCCCCAUUCAUUCUUUCCUUUACACGGAUCAGUCGUCCUGGUCCCUUUGCAGAAAAACAGCCCAAAAGCAUGAUGUUUCCACCCCAUGCUUCACAGUAGGUAUGGUGUUCUUUGGAUGCAACUCAGCAUUCUUUGUCCUCCAAACAUGACGAGUUGAGUUUUUACCAAAAAGUUAUAUUUUGGUUUCAUCUGACCAUAUGACAUUCUCCCAAUCCUCUUCUGGAUCAUCCAAAUGCACUUCAGACGGGCCUGGACAUGUACUGGCUUAAGCAGGGGGACACGUCUGGCACUGCAGGAUUUGAGUCCCUGGCGGCGUAGUGUGUUACUGAUGGUAGGCUUUGUUACUUUGGUCCCAGCUCUCUGCAGGUCAUUCACUAGGUCCCCCCGUGUGGUUCUGGGAUUUUUGCUCACCGUUCUUGUGAUCAUUUUGACCCCACGGGGUGAGAUCUUGCGUGGAGCCCCAGAUUGAGGGAGAUUAUCAGUGGUCUUGUAUGUCUUCCAUUUCCUAAUAAUUGCUCCCACAGUUGAUUUCUUCAAACCAAGCUGCUUACCUAUUGCAGAUUCAGUCUUCCCAGCCUGGUGCAAGUCUACAAUUUUGUUUCUGGUGUCCUUUGACAGCUCUUUGGUCUUGGCCAUUGUGGAGUUUGGAGUGUGACUGUUUGAGGUUGUGGACAGGUGUAUUUUAUACUGAUAACAAGUUCAAACAGGUGCCAUUAAUACAGGUAACGAGUGGAGGACAGAGGAGCCUCUUAAAGAAGAAGUUACAGGUCUGUGAGAGCCAGAAAUCUUGCUUGUUUGUAGGUGACCAAAUACUUAUUUUCCACCAUAAUUUGCAAAUAAAUUCAUAAAAAAUCCUACAAUGUGAUUUUCUGGAAAAAAAAUUCUCAAUUUGUCUGUCAUAGUUGACGUGUACCUAUGAUGAAAAUUACAGGCCUCUCUCAUCUUUUUAAGUGGGAGAACUUGCACAAUUGGUGGCUGACUAAAUACUUUUUUUCCCCACUGUAAGCAUUUUGCGACUUACGCAUUGUUUGAAAAACAUUGUUAGCAUCAUGAAUGGUGCUAACAUUUGUAUAAAUGCAAUUGUCAAAAUCUGUUUAUCUUCAGAUUUGUAUUCUUUAAAAGUUAUUACGUGUAUAAAGUUUGACAUAAUUGUCUUUUGGAUUUCAGGAUGUAGAUGAUUUCUUUGAACAUGAGAAGACAUUCCUUUUAGAAUACCAUAAUCGUGUCAAAGAUGCCUCCGCCAAAUCUGAUAGAAUGAUCAGGUCCCACAAAAGUAAGUCUCCUCUCUGUCUCAUAAUCUCCACGUGCUAGGUAAGCUUUCUGCUAUAUACAUUGAUUUUAAUCAGUAUGAAAAAUGUAUGCACUCACUUAACUGUAAGUCGCUCUGGAUAAGAGCGUCUGCUAAAUGACUAAAAUGUAAAAUUGAGAAUGAGAUUGAUUUGAGUAAUUCCAUUUGAAAGUAUUGAAAUGCCGUUUUUUCUGUGAACUGUUGGUGAAUGGGACUGAGUUACUUUGGUAUCAUGUUUUAAUAUUUGUGGAAACCAGCCUGAUUGUCCUUGUGGUGUGCGUUGUAUUUUACGUCUAUUUUUUGUUUUAUAUUAAUUCGCUGACAAAUAUGGAAAUGGGUAAGUUGUUUAUUUGUAAUUGGGUCAGUAAGUCUUAAAAUGUUGGGGAUGACAGCCGACUCAAUUCUAAACUUUGUCAUGUUCCUAAAAAAUGUUUUGGAUGAGCACAAUAUCUUGUAAAUGACCCGUUUUUUUGUAGCUGUAUUUUUAGUCAAGAUUUGUAUAUCCUAACAGGUAAGAGCCAUGAGGUUCCCUUUGGUCUUUUGAAUAAAAAUGUUGUGCUGGUUCUUUCACCCUUCAAUCCUGCUUUGACAGCUUCAGGAUACAAAUUCCCCUCAGAAAUCUAGUCCUCUGUCAUUCCCAAGGACCAGACAAUACAUCUGGCAUGUCCUCAGCUUUGUGUAGGAACUAUUAUGUACAGUUGAAGUCGGAAGUUUACAUACACUUAGGUUGGAGUCAUUAACUUGUUUUUCAACCACUCCACAAAUGUCUUGUUAACAAACUAUAGUUUUGGCAAGUCUGUUAGGACAUCUACUUUGUGCAUGACACAAGUAAUUUUUCCAACAAUUGUUUAGACAGAUUAUUUCACUUAUAAUUCACUGUAUCACAAUACUAGUGGGUCAGAAGUUUACAUACACUAAGUUGACUGUGCCUUUAAACAGCUUGGAAAAUUCCAGAAAAUGAUGUCAUGGCUUUAGAAGCUUCUGAUAGGCUAAUUGACAUCAUUUGAGUCAAUUGGAGGUGUACCUGUGGAUGUAUUUCAAGGCCUACCUUCAAACUCAGUGCCUCUUUGCUUGACAUCAUGGGAAAAUCAAAAGAAAUCAGCCAAGACCUCAGACAAAAUGUGUAGACCUCCACAAGUCUGGUUCAUCCUUGGAAGCAAUUUCCAAACGCCUGAAGGUACCACGUUCAUCUGUACAAACAAUAGUAUAAACACCAUGGGACCAUGCAGCCGUCAUACCGCUCAGGAAGGAGACGCGUUCUGUCUCCUGCAGAUGAAUGUACUUUGGUGCGAAAAGUGCAAAUCAAUCCCAGAACAACAGCAAAGGACCUUGUGAAGAUGCUGGAGGAAACAGGUACAAAGGUAUCAAUAUCCACAGUAAAACGAGUCCUAUAUCGACGUAACCUGAAAGGCCGCUCAGCAAGGAAGAAGCCACUGCUCCAAAACCGCCAUAAAAAAGCCAGACUACGGUUUGCAACUGCACAUGGGGACAAAGAUUGUACUUUUUGGAGAAAUGUCCUCUGGUCUGAUGAAACAAAAAUAGAACUGUUUGGCCAUAAUGACCAUCGUUAUGUUUGGAGGAAAAAGGGGGUGGCUUACAAGCCGAAGAACACAUUUUACAUUACAUUUUUUACAGUCAUUUAGCAGACGCUCUUAUCAAGAGCGACUAACAGUUAGUGAGUGCAUACAUUUUUCACACCAUCCCAACCGUGAAGCACGGGGGUGGCAGCAUCAUGCUGUGGGGGUACUUUGCUGCAGGAGGGUCUGGUGCAAUUCACAAAAUAGAUGGCAUCAUGAGGAAGGAAAAUGUUGUGGAUAUAUUGAAGUAACAUUUCAAGACAUCAGUCAGGAAGUUAAAGCUUGGUCGCCAAUGGGUCUUCCAAAUGGACAAUGACCCCAAGCAUACUUCCAAAGUUGUGUCAAAAUGGCUUAAGGACAACAAAGUCAAGGUAUUGGAGUGGCCAUCACAAAGCCCUGACCUCAAUCCUAUAGAACAUUUGUGGGCAGAACUGAAAAAGCGUGUUGCGAGCAAGGAGGCCUACAAACCUGACUCAGUUACACCUGCUCUGUCAGGAGGAAUGGGCCAAAAUUCACCCAACGUAUUGUGGGAAGGUUGUGGAAGGCUACCCGAAAUGUUUGACCCAAGUUAAACAAUUUAAAGGCAAUGCUACCAAAUACUAAUUGAGUGUAUGUAAACUUCUGACCCACUGGGAAUGUGUUGAAAGAAAUAAAAGCUGAAGUAAAUCAUUCUCUCUACUAUUAUUCUGACAUUUCACAUUCUUAAAAUAAAGUGGUGAUCCUAACUGACCUAAGACAGGGGAAUUUUUACUAGGAUUAAUUAAAUGUCAGGAAUUGUGAAAAACUGAGUUUAAAUGUAUUUGGCUAAGGUGUAUGUAAACUUCCGACUUCAACUGUAUGUAUGUUACCUCAUUUCCACAGCAUUAAAACAUGAUACUAUAUUUGAAAAGUGACUCCCUGCGUAUUUGAAAAUGUCCUGCUGCAGAUGUUUUAUCAUUGUAGGUUAUUUUAUAAAAGAUGUUUGCUUGCAUUUUAUUGAUGUAUUUUGUACAUGAAUGACCGACCGUCUGUGUGUUUUAUAUGUGAGUACGGGGGUUGAGCUGUUAUCUGAAAUGUAAUGGGAUCUAAUGUGAGUGUUCCUCUGUUGCAGGUGCUGCAGAUGAUAUCAAUAGAAUCGCCUCCACACUGUACACUUUAGGAACCCAGGACUCCACAGAUGUGUGCAAGUAUGGGACUAAAUUAUUCCCCAUUUUCUCUCCAUACAUUGUUUGCUGCCAAUAAUCUACAAUAACUCAAAAAUAUCUAUAAACUAUAGUAACUCAAAUGCAAUUUACUGUUUUCCAGAUUUUUCUUGAAAGUCUCUGAGCUGUUUGAGAAAACACGGGUACAUUUGUUUCUUUUAUUAAAUGAUUCUGUGUAUGACGCAAUUUGGUCAACUUGUUGUGUACCAGCUAUGAACACUAAAGCAUAGGCAAUGAAGUCAAUAACUAUGUUCAUUAUAGCCAAAAACGAAACAUGUGGUCUUGAGCUAUCUAUUGGUCGCAAUGUAGAUCUUGUCUAAAGUUCACAAGUUUCUGCUGGUGUCGCUUCCUCUACAGAAAAUAGAGGCUCGAGUGGCUGCAGAUGAGGACCUGAAACUUGCCGACUUACUGAAGUAUUACCUCAGGGAGUCGCAAGCUGCUAAGGUAUGUAACUUGACCCUGGUCAGUUAUCAGAGGUAUUAUCUGAGCAUUUUCAUCAGACAGUGUUGUAGUGUUUAGAUUAUUAUUAAUGUGCUCUAUGGAAUCUGCUGUUUCUUUCUUCAGGAUCUAUUGUACAGACGAGGGAGGGCCCUGAUAGAUUACGAGAAUGCAAACAAAGCUCUGGACAAAGCCAGGGCAAAGAACAAAGAUGUCCUUCAGGCAGAGACCAGCCAGCAGGUGUGCUGUCAGAAGUUUGAGAAAAUAUCAGAGUCUGCAAAGCAAGGUACUUUAUCCACUUUAUAUAUAUUUUUGACAGUCCUAGCUAAAUUCUUGCUUGAGUUAUUGCUCUUUGCUAAGAAGCUAUUUUUGUUUCUUUUUGAGGUACUUAAUUGCUACCCAGAAAUGAUUUGAUAUUAAGAUAAAAACCACUGCAUUGGAUCUUUUAACAGUAUUAAUAAUUCAAGGCAUUUCAUACUUUUCCUAAAAGUAUCCCUCCCUGUUGAAAAUUAAAUCAGAGUCCCAGGUUUGCAUGUAAGAGAAGCUAAACCAUAUUAGGGAUGUAGAGGUAAAUCUGAUAAUGUUCUGCUAUUCCGGAAUACAGAGCUUAUAGACUUCAAGACGAGACGAGUAGCAGCCUUCAGAAAGAACUUGGUGGAACUUGCCGAACUGGAACUCAAACAUGCCAAGGUAAUUUUUUAUUAUACAUGGUUGUCUGUUUUGACUUCCAAAACUGCUUUUUCCCCUGGUUUAGGCUAAUUCUCUUUCUUGCUGCUUCUCCACAGGGUAAUUUACAAUUAUUGCAAAGCUGUGUCGGGGUCCUCAAAGGAGACACUUAGGUCUUUACUGAAGGUUCACUGUACAGAGCUUCCCCCGCUUUGGUCUGGUCUUCACUGAGAAGAUGGAAGAGAGAGCAUAUCUGUGGUCAGUUUAUUUUCAGGAUGUCUGUUCGUAGUCAUCACCAGAGACACCAAACUCCAUCCACAACCCCCCUAAAAACGAGAGGAAGCCGCGGUGGAAUACCUACAAUGUCCACACGGCACAAGAACCUAUAACUUCGUUAAAUCACGUGAACUUUUGAAUUGUUAAUAACAAUCAUAAUUUUCCAUGGGAAUCUUCUCCCAAUCUAUAUCACAUCAUGUCUGUCCAGAUGUAUUAUUUGUUAUUAUGUUGCUUAGUGUAAUCUUUGAGGCCAAUAGUUUCAGUAAAACUUUUUCUGUGAUGCUGCUCAGUUACUUUGUUCAAGUUGAGCUGAUUCUUACUAUUAUUAAAGUGUAUUGUCACUAAAAGCCUUGUACAUGUUGUAUUAGUUCUUACUGUACUGCUAAUGAUUGUUUUAAUCUUUACUAAUACUUUUGUUUUUCAGUAAUUUCAUACAAAUUCUGUUAUUUUUUCAUUCCAGACAGGUAAUGCUUCAGUAUGUUUGCCUUAAUGUAGACUAAUACUAUCAAGUAUUGUAAAAAAAAAGAGAACCUAAAUGCACAAGUUUGUUUUGUUUUUCCCCAGUUUUUUUUUUAAGCGCACUGUAUAUUAAUGUUUUUUUCACUCUGUGACCAAAGCUUCCAUUUAUUUAGAUGGAGAAAUGCUGAAACAAACAGUAGUACUGAUAAUGAUGAUCAAAAUGAUUAUGAAAAUAUUAAUAAUAAAUUAUACUGUUAUACUGUACCUUAGAACCAUCCUGAACAUAUUUCAUUAAAUGUUUUGAGUAGGCUAUUUGUUGUCCAUCUAUCUAGUUGUAAACCUUUUUAAUUUUGUAGUUUUUAUGAUCCCGAGAAACAUGGAAGAAAAGCCAGGGGAAGCCAAUGGAAAAUUACCUUCAAUAUCAUAUUAAACUCCAUUUCAACUGUUCAUAUUAAGGUUGAAUAAAAAAGAUGGCCACUUUUUAAA